UCGUGCGUGUGCUAGGAGAGAAGUCCUGUUCUCUUCUCCUACCCAUUUCUUUCGACGGAAAGUUCGCGGUUUCUGUUGUUGUUUAGACUACUACUGUAUUUGUUUUGUGGAUUUGUAACGUAAACGAGUCUUUGGAGCUACCGGUGAUUUUAUCAUUACAAUGAAAAGGACUGACACAUAUCCAAGACCAACUGCAGGUUGCCUUUCAGUGCCUUUAUUUAACCAAAGGAAACGCAGCAGGCUUCCUCUUACAUCGACUCCUGUAGAAAAUGAAUUCUGCUCUGCGGUUGACUUUGAUGAUCAGAUUGACUUUGCAGAUUCCUCAUUUUCAUCAGGCAAUGCAGCAUAUGCUGCUCAGAAUCAGAACCAACGGCCCGCUGGACCAAGGCCCUCAGCUGCGGCUGCACAAGGAGGUCAGUGGAACAGGCCAAUGAAGCAGCAGCCUCCGCAGCCCAGCAACCCACCUGUCCGUCACACUGGACCCGUUGCCAGGGGUUAUGCCCCCCUGCCUCAUCCUCACAAACCUGCCAACACAUGGUCUCAGCAGAGAGCUCCAGGCAGGCAGGAGGCUCCAGCGCCCAAUCCUCCCCACAGCCAGGGUCUGGGCCAGAUCCAGAGUGGCCCCUCAUACGGCCGAGGACGAGGCCUGCAGCCUGGCCAAGGGAGGGGUGCAGCCACUGGCCAACAGCAGUCCAGACUCAAGCCCAUGAAUCACCAGCAGCUGACAGUGCAGCAGUCGUUCAGCAGACAACAGGCCCAAGGCCCCGCGGGGGCGAUGCAGGGUGCUUCGGGCCCAUCUGGUGGCCCCCGUUACUGCCCUGCCCCUGUCCCUGCCCCUCCUGCACCUAAGCCUCAGUCACAGCAGCAGGCACAGUGGCAGUUCAAAGUGUCACCGCGUAUGGGGCAGACAAAAAAUAAUCACAAUAACUCCUAUGUCAUGCAGUCCACCCCACAGCAAGCGCGGAUGGGGCAGCCACAAAAUAACAGCACUACAGACUUCUACGGCGCACAGACAACCCAGCCACAAGAGGUUCCGCAAAGUCCAAAGACAAAAUCCGAAAGUGAGAAGUCUCUCCGGAUCCUUACGUGUGUCAUCGAGGGCAUGAGACACUGGGUCCAGUUCAAGAACAAAGCUCCUAUGCUGUUUGAGAUUUUUGCAUCCCUGGACUCUGCAGUCACUGAUGGGAAGUUUGGUGCCAAGCAUUUCCUCCUGCGGACAGGAAGGGAUGUCGUGCAAUGUGUUUACUACGAGCAUGACCAGGAACUCCCCAAGCUGUUCCGUGGCCUGGUCCACCGCUGCGUGGGGAACUACGACCAGCGUGGCGACGUCUUCACCUGCGUCUCGGUCCGCCUUGCCUCCCGCCACGAGCAGAAGAACUCCCAGGAGGCCAUCAGGGCAUCAGAUGAAGAGAUGCGACAGGUGGUCCAGUCUCUCAAUGAAAUAUGACCAGCACCAGCCAGAACACUGACUGGACAGUUUGUCAACUAAUUAUUAAAUUGAAAUAUUAUUAUUAUUAUUAUUAUGAUUAUUAAAUUUGGUUGUAACAACUUCUUGCCUGUUUCUGUUGUGUUAAAGUAUUCAUUGUGGAAAGGAUACGUAGUAAUUCAAUGGUUCAUUCAUUCAGUCAUUCAUACAUUUAUUCAUCUAUCUAUUUAUUUAUUUAUUUAUGUAUGUAUGUAUGUUCAGAUUAAUUUAAAAAGAUGUAAUCGUUGUUGGUAAAUACUGUAUAAUAUUACCUGUGAUGAUUCAAGGAAACGUGUUGUAUUAAUGUGUUUCAUUAAAUGUUACCUUCAUCAUUUCA